ACCCUUUUACACUUUCCCCUGUAACCCCCCUUUUUCUGUUAAGCUUUUUCAUUCCCUUCGUUCGUUUGUUGCGCAAAUCAAAAGUCUUUACAUUUCUUGUUACACACGAAGCAUGGCGAGUUGGUUCGACGUUAUUUCUUUCCUUUUGACUGCGCUCUUCUUUGGUGGAGUUAUCUAUGGUGUGCUCUACCUCGUUCGUUCUGUAACACAGGGUAUCGAAACCACAAAGGAGAAAUUGAAGGAACGAGGGUAUGAUGUAUCCGCAGGAGGAGUCAAGGUGAAGACGUCCAAGCGAUUCGAUCGGGAUGACUAUGUUGAUGCGACUCAGCGUGGUUUCGUGAAAGCAAUGGAAGCAUCCACGUUCCGAAAAGGUGGUGCACAAACGACACCGAGAUCCCAGUCAUUGGGGGUUGAUUCGCCUCCACUCGUGAAACGCACAACGUCUUCUAACAGCGUCAGUUCGGAGAAAUCUGAGAAGAAAGGACUCUUUACGAGGAAGAAGAAGGAAUAGAAUUGACAUUUAUUCGCAAUUUUGAAACACGUUACGGAGCUGGCUUCCGCUUGAAGGACAUUGGGGAGUAUUUAUAUUUUUAGCACGGUCAGCUCCAUUUCUAUUUAUUUCUGAUUUUGUAUGCAUCUCGGACCAUAUACGAUUGCACAUCUAAAAACGUU